CAUAAAAAUAACCUCAUUAAAAAUCCACUUUUUACUACAUUAGCAAUUCUCAGUGGAAAGCAUGUCAGCGGAUGCGGAACCGCUCGCUGUUUUGGGUAUACGGAAUAUUUUGCAGACGGACCGGUCCGGUGGGGUAAUAAGUCCGGUCGCAUUCUUUCAGAGAACGUAGCCGGAUGCAAAGUCAAACCGGCGUACAUGUGACCCUCAAACUGCUGCAAGCAAACGUCUGUCACAGAAAUGGAUGAUGACACACCCGAAGAGAUCUUUGCUGAACUCAAGACCAGGCCCAUUGGAGGUUGGGGUGUUGCUCAGAUCGGAGCUGGUACUGGACUUGCUGUAUAUGCUAUGUGGGUGGGAAUCCUACAGCCAGGCUUCAGAAAAGUCCCUUUGAGGCUGCAGGUCCCCUACAUUCCUGCCAGCAAAGUCCAGGUACAAAAUGUGAUGACGCUGCUGAGAGGUCGAAAGGGUGGCCUGGUGGAUUUGGGAUCUGGUGAUGGUCGCAUUGUCUUGGAGGCCCAUCAGCAUGGUUUCAGUCCUGCUGUUGGUUAUGAGCUCAACCCCUGGCUCGUUCAGCUGGCCCGCUUUCAUGCAUGGAGAGCAGGCCACCAUGAAAAAGUGUCAUACCGUCGAGAAGAUCUGUGGAAGGUCGACUUGACAAAAUGCAAGAAUGUUACAGUAUUUUUGGCUCCCAGUGUGCUUUCAUUAUUGCAGGAGAAGUUGCAGGCUGAGCUUCCCGAUGAUGCUUUAGUGGUAACUGGUCGUUUCCCCCUCCCUGAUUGGAAACCCUGCAGGGUUGAAGGACAAGGUGUGGAGAGAGCUUGGGCAUACAGCAUGCAAGCACAAAGACAGAACGUCUGCAAGGAAAAUAAUAACUCCAUAACCACAGAGUAGCAAUGAACUAAGCAAAGAAUCCACUUGAAACGACAGAUUUUGCCAAUCUCCUGACCUCCUAGUCUGGUAACAUGGAAUCAUGCACUGUAUAAUUAGCUCACUAUUUAAGUUGUAAAUGUCCUUUACUUGAAAGUUGAGGACGUUUAUCCAGACUUGAACCUACAGGAUGAUAUUUCUUGCAAACUAUCAUGGCUGUCUACUAUACUGUGGCUCUAAAGUUCUAGCAUAUUUUUUACACAAAUGCUCGCUUCUACAGUUUUGAUAGAAUGUGUCCUUGAUUUGUUAUCAGCAAUGUCUGAACCUCGGAGUAAAAGACUGUGUUAGCUGGAAAAGAAAAGCACCUACAAAGCAUAGCAAGCUUUUAAACAUAUUAUCUGCUUAAAUGCUGGAGAACUGAAAUUCAUUUUCUGUUUUCAGCAUUUUAUUAUUUUAAAUCCGUUGUAAAUCAUUACAUAGUAUUUAUUACGUCUUGAUCUAUUUAUAGUAAGAAAAUUUACGAAGGAUUUUGAAAAUUGAAAAAUUUAACUAGUUUUCCACAGGUAAAUAGAAUCAAUGCCAAAAAUGUAAAUGCAUUUUACAUUUAUACACCUGUCUAUAAAGGGUACAUGAAGUAAUAACAGCAUAGUUUUGCUACUGCAAUGUAUCCUUCCAGGGUCGGAAUGGGACUCAUUUUCAGCCCUGGAGUUUCAUGCCUCAGACCGGCCCACUUUAGAUCAUGAUCUAUGAUUAUUAAAAUCAUGUAAUUAUAACCUUUCGUAUUAAGUCUACAAUCGUUCACUGUUCUGUAGCCUUGUGAUUCAGUGUAUUUUUAAAAAAAUAUUUCCAAUUCAGUGCAAGUAAUGGUUGCUUCACCAUGUGGAUUUCUUUCAACAUGAGUGCACAUCUUCACCAUUAUUCUUUACAGCAAUAUCAGAAUCUAUAUUCUGUUCAAAUAAGUGUUCACAGAUAUCCAAAUCUUAAAAAUAAAAGAAUAAUUAAAAAUAUGUAAUACUAAAUGUUUUUUUAAAGUGUUGCACUUUCUAAUAACACUAUCAUCUCUUGUCCUCUGCAAGGAAACAACUUAGAUCACAACUUAGAUUUCACAAAUAUGAGAACAUCGGUUAAAGGGCAAAUCUCCAGCACUAUUCUUUACAACAUCUGAAUGUAUGUGUGUACAUCCUGUGAUUGAGAGCGAGUGAAGUAAUCAAAACUAUCAACUGACUCAUCUUCAUGUCUCAUUCCUAACUUGUAGUUCAGGGUUUUGCUGUUGAGCUGCUGCCUCUGUAAUCAGUCCCUGACUAGACGCUGCUCUGCCUUUCACACUUCUUCCAGUUUCCCUGGACUCGCCUGCACCUGUAUCACAAUAAAAAUAAUAAUCUGUACACACA